AUGAGCUCUGAAACGAGUGCAAGACUUGCCGCACGAGAUUCGGGGAUGGCGGUUCUUCGACUUUUAUGGCGGUCACGUGUGGGAGUUGCUAGCAAAAGAGGCGGACAACACUUGAUUGUGUAUGAGUGCUACAUGGCGAGAAACCGUAGGAACAAAGACCAGGGUAUGGGGAUGGAGAUCUACGACACAUUAGAUAUGAUCGAGAAGCAACAAGCAGUGGAUGUUGACAAACUGCUGGGGGAUUACGGUAAACGUGCGGAGCGCGAACCAUUUGGAAAGGAGGCGAACUGCGAUCUUGGCAGCGUCCAUUGGUCACACCCAUUCCAAGGUUCGGUCUUAGGCAAA